UGUGUGUGUGUGUGAGUGGAUGAUGUAGAACACACAAAAUGACCAUGAAAAAAAAUAUAUUUUUUUAUUUAGGCGAAUUGUUUUAUCAAAAUUGUUAGCUUGGGUGGCUGGUUUUUCGAGAUAUUCAAUGACACUUGGAGUUGAUGAAUCCUUUCACUCGAUGUAGAACUGGACAUUUUUUUUUUAUCAGUCGUAUUGGAUUUCCAAUUUUCUUUUUUUAUUGGCUUGUGUUUAUCUUUUAGAUAUGGAGGAGAUAAAAUAUAUUAAUUUUAGGUCGUCGACAUGGGAGCCGUCGUGGAUGUCAUUACGGCCCUGGAGAAGAAGAUUAUUACUAAAGAAGUGCUCGAGGAAACGCGGCUGGGUAAACACAUCAAUGAGCUCAGACGAAAAACGACGAACGAAGCUCUGGCGAAACGUGCCAAAGAUUUGGUACGAUGGUGGCGUGACACCGUGUUACCGUCAUCUGGACAACAGCACGGGCCAAAUCCACCAACAGCACCUCCAAAUCCCAUAGUAAUAGACAACACCUCGUCCCAUCAGACAUUAAAUGGAACAAAACCAGCGAGUCCACUGGUAACAGCAGCACGUACAGUUAAACCACGUAGUCCAGUACCAGGAUCUGCGGCGACGCGGAUAAAACCCCAGAGUCCAUUGAUGCGUGAUGCAACAACAGCACAAUUUUCAGUGGCUAGUAAAAAUAUCAGCCCAUCGUUGUCACUUAAUAGUGAUUCAUGUUCACCAAAUUCAACACCUAUAAAACUGCCAAUAGUUACGUCAAAUUAUAAACUAAAUACAGCUGGUUCGCCAAAGUUAAGUGGUACCAGUAAUCAAAAUCAUUCAAUAGAAGCAGUACCAAGAACUCACAGUUCAAAUAAACGUUUACGAAAAGAAGAUACUCAACAGCAACAAAUAAUAAAUUCACCUCAUCAGCAACAGUAUGACGUUAACUCGACAUCUAGAGACGAGCUUACGAGUAUUACUGUUCCAGUUGCUAAAAAACAACGUGUCAAUGGUGAUAUAAACAUAAAUACUAACUCGCAAGUGCCUAAUAGCCCGUCUUCGUCGUCGACUAGUACGCGAAAUGAGGGUAUCGUUAAUCCAGUGGUGGACUCGAGUUUGUCUGGUAAUUUAAGUACUGGAACAGCGACCGCUAAAACAGAACCCGUACCACCGGUAGGACCAAAAAAACGUGGACGAAAAAAAGGAAGUAAAUCAAUAAAAAGUCAAUCGUUGUCUGAGGAUCGUGUAAAAGAAAAAUUAGCGAGUAUAUCGCGUAAUCCAAAAUUAAAAACAACACAGGAGAUACUUGCGGACAUACAAGUGCGCAAUGUCAGUGGCGCACUUGGUACCACAACUGGUCCUGGUCAACUGAAACGCGAGCCUCCGACAACUGAUGAAAUUUUACGGAAUACGGAGAUUAAUAAUCGUAAUCUUGCCUCGAAUAACAACACGCGUACGAAAAGUCAAACGAUAAAUCGUUAUGAAUCUCAACGUUUAUCUGCUGGCAAUAUUACCACCGCGGCUGGACCUGGUACCGAUCAACAUCCUGACACUGAUGGGGUCAAAGCUGAACGAGUCGCAGAACCAGAUCCUCCAUCGAUAGAAGUCACCCUCAAAGAAAUUCUCUCCAAGUUACCGCCGUUGGAUCUCGACGCUAUAAGAUGGAGCGACGAUGAAACGAACAACGAGGAUGAGCAUGAGCAUAAACUUGAUGACCAGGACAGUACGACAACGGCUGAUUGUAUAAAAAUAACUGAUGAUCAAGUAGAACGUCUUCACACAGAGUGUAUUGAAAGUUUGAAUGGUAAUUUUCAAGUAAAACUUAAUAAAAAAUCAGUGAAUAAGGAGGUAGUUGAUGAUAUUGAUGAAUCUGUUAGUAAUAAAAUUGUUGGUGUGUACAAACGUCGUGUUGUUGAUGACGAUACGGAACGUGAGUUUAGAGAGUGGCAUGAAAUGCUGGCAAGACCCAGUUUCGAUGGCCAAAUUCUCCACAUAUUGCCUUACGUUAUCAUCGAUUAAUUAUUAUUAGUUAUUAUUAUUAUUAUUAUCAUUAUUAUAUUAUUUUGAUUAUUAUCUAAGUGCAUAAGCAAUUUUUUUUACAUAAAUCGUAUUGUAAUAAAAAUCGCGAUUAAAUUUAAACAAAAUUUUUUUUUUUCAUCCACAUCCAGAAAUUAUUAUUUUUUUUUUUUAAGUAAUUGGUCUUCCUGGGAUUAAUUUUAAAAAAAUCUAUCGCGAAAAUUGGAAAUACGAUUUAAAUGUAAAGAAAAAAAAUAAAUAAAUAAUAUUUUUAAAUGUAAACUACUGAGCCACGGUGUACAUUUUAUAUAUUAAUUAUUUAAUUUGUCAUUAAUAAACUUGUCAGAUUUUUUUUUCUUGUUUUGAGUCCCGGCAUUGAGUGUCAACGCUGAGAAAUUGUUUUUAUUUUAUCUUUUUAAUUAAAAUUAGUUUGUUUUCAUUUUAUUGAUAUUAAUAUAAAUAAUAAAUAUCUUUACCUUAUAAAUAUAUAUAUAUAUAUAUAUAUAUAUAUAUAUAUAUACAUAUGUAUAUGUAUAUAUAAAUAUGUAAUAAGUACAUUGUAAAUAGUAGUUUGUAAAAGAUAUUAUUGUUCCAAGGGGAUGAUAAGUCUCGAAAACGAGUCCUGCGACGCGAGUUUUAUAUAAAAAAAAUUACAAAUAAUUAAAAUAUAUAUAAAAAAAAAAAUAAUAAAUAUUAAAAUAUCUCAAUCGAAUAAUGUCUAUCAGACAAAGACUGAAAGAGAAAUAAAUUAAAUGGCGUAUGUGGGACUACUGAUACAUUUAAACAAUAAAAUGCAAACAAAGUUAAUGAAAAUAAAAUUUAAUUAAUAAAAAAAUUAAUUUUGAAUUAAUAAAUAUAUGUAUUAAAUGACACAGGCUGUGUUGUUUGUUUACAAUAAUAAAAUACGAGGGUGUCAGCAUAUUCAAUUUAUCUUUUACAUAAAUAUAUGAUAGUCUAGUCGAAACUCCGGAGUAGGAGACAUUUUCGAAAGCUGCAAAUUUCUACGAAAUUCAAAAGUCAUCCCAGGGGUUGAAAAAAAAUAAAAACAGAUUUUUUGCAAAUAUUUCAGACAAAAAAAAAUUUUUUGAAACUCGAAGAAAAUUUGGAGAGGAAAGAAGUUUACAUAAAAAUAUAUAAGGAAUUUUUUUUGUAUCUGUAAAAAAACGUAAAUUUUUGAAAUUUUGAACUUGAAUUUACGGAAUUUUUUAUGCGCUACUGAAGUAGAAAAAAAUGCGCAUAAAACUUCAGUGAAUUUAAGAUUAGAAAUUUUGAAAAUCUAUUACGUUAUUUUUUAAGACAAAAAAAAAAUUCUUAUACUUUUUUGUGUGAAUUUUUUUUCUCUGCAAGUUUUGUUUUACAAAUUUUUUACAAAUUUUUUUUGUUUAUGAAAUAUUUUCAAAAAAUCUGAUUAAUUUUUUUUCCAUCAACCCCUGGGUUGAUGACUUUUUUAUUUUGGACAAAUUUGCACCAACUUUCGAGAAGUCUCUGGUUUCGGAAGCUCGACUGGACAAUAAAUUGAAUAAUAAUCAUAAGCGGACAUAAAGUAAAUUAAUAUUCUUAAUUUAAAUGAAAUUUUUUAUUUGUUCAAAAAUUAAUUUUUUUUUAAUUACGUAUUUGAAUUUUUCGAAGCGUCUUUUUAAUCAAUCAAAUUAUGGUUACUUACCUCAGCUUGAUCUAUUUUAGGUCAUAAAAAUUUUUAUCUAAUAAUUUUUUAAUAAAAAACGUAACAAUUCGUUUUAGUCAAAUUAUUAUAUUUUACUCCAGACCAGUUUUUAAAUUCAAAAGUUUUUUAAAUCAGGUAUACUUUAGGAUGAGUGAAUUUUGGAUUUAACUAAAUUUUGAAUCGAAAAACUGGAGCUUAAUUAUAAAAACAAAAAAUUAUUAGAAACUCGUAAGUAGUGAAAUUUAUUGUUACUUAAAAUAUCAAUUAUCUAAUUCGUUUUCAUGGUAUAAAUUAAUUACUUAUCAUUUAAAAGUAUGCACCCAAAAAUUUUGAAAUGUUGAUAUUUUAAAAAUAAAAAAUUUUUUCCAUAUUGAAAUUUUUUAUUUGAAAAUAAAAAAUUUGAUUGUCGGGUUUUUCUAUCGUAAUUAUAUAAGUGUGAGUGUGACUGUCAACCGGGAAUUUUUCAAAUUUUUGAAUAAAUAAAUAAAAUGUAAGUAGAAUAAAAAUUACGUGCGUAUUUAGAGCCAAUUUUUCAAAACGGGUUUAUUUUUAAUCCGGGUUUUAAUUAUUAUUGCUGGUAUAUCUAUAUAUUAUUAAUAUAUAGACAUACCAGCAAUACAAAUUUAAACGCGGAUAAAAUUAAUCUGUUUAAAAAACUGGCCCUUCGAUCAAUUCAAAAUUUGACGCGCAUUUUUUAAAAUUUUAAUUCAUUUAUUUAUUUAAAAUUCAUAAAAUGUCUCAUGUCUGUUACAUUCACACUCAUGUAAUUAUUAAAAUUAUUAAGUGUUAAUAAUUAUCGAUUAUUAACUUUAGCUCAAUUGUAAUUUUCUAUUAUUAAUUAUUAUAAUAAAUAUGACAAUCUAUAAAUAAAAUGUUAAAAUAAAAUUAAAAUUUUUAUGACCGAAACCGUAUAAUUAAUAUAAAUUU